CUACACUAUGUCAGAGCAAGCAGCAUCCAAGAGUCAAAUGUGCUGCACUUUGUAUCAGCACUUUGUGCUGUGCAGACACCCUGUAACAUUUGUCCUUCCUUCUCACUGCUGCAAUACAAGACACAAAGGAAACAAGUUAAAAAGUUAAACGAAAACUGAACAAAAUUUCAAAGGGAAGGACUUCUACGUUUCAUCCAAAUUCUGCAAAAAGAUUAUCGUUGACUCUGAACUUGUGCUCUAAGGUAAGCAUUCUAAUGUCAUUUGUUAAUGGGUGGGUAAAAAGAAUUAUAUAAAAAAUAAAAAGUACAAUAAAAAAUAAUUAGUUCACAUGCGAAAUUAAAAAUAAACAUAAUUAUUUAUAAGUGCCUGCAUACUUAAAGUGAAAUCGAAGCCGUGUGCUGCGAAAUUCUGCUGUGAAAGCAAAGCAGUCUUCUUGAGUAUGAGAUGAAUAUAGACUGAAGCCAAAUGCUUUUUGGGUAACGCAAGAUCCCUUUCGAAUCUUUUACAGGGCUGUCUCCAUUACCUUAGACCUUUUAAUGUCUUAUUCAAGUUUACGUUUUGUCCUUUUCCUAUUUUAUGUAAUGACAAAAAGUUGUGAUAUUUACAAACCAUUUGCUUUUCAAUUUUUUGGGUGAUUAACCUGAAUAACCUGAUUUUGUAUAAAACAGGCAGGAUGCUUCCAUAGUCUUCCCACAAAGAGCAUGACUAGUAGUGCCAUUCUUAUUGCAUCUCGAUAUAAUAAAAUAUGGAACAUAGAUAAAAAUAUUUUGCCGUCAAUGAUCCAUUAAGAUUAUGGGACCAGAUGAUUAUGUGAGGUAACUUGAAAUCCAAUUUAAUUUAAUUAAUACAUAAUGGUGGGUCAGGAAAUAAAUUGUUCCUGUAAGAGAGUUUUUGCAUAACACAAUGUAUGAUAUAAAAUAUAGCUCCCGCAAUACCUAUAUGUGCCAUUUUAGAAACAUUCUAAGAAACUAUACUAAAAUGUAUAUAAUAUAUUGACGCUUUAGAAAUACUAAUCAUGUUAAGCUCUAGAUCUCUAAAGAAGUGAAGCUCCUUGAUACUUUAUGUAAUUUUUCUCAGUGAUUUCCAAAAAAAGGAUAAAGAUGGUUGGAUGUUGCAUGCCUGUAUAUAACAAGCAUUGUUAUCAAUCUUAAUGUUUCAAUAACUUAGUUAACACAUUGGAUUGGAUUUCAUAUUAAUAACAAUAUAACAGCUGAUAUGAGCCUUUUUAUGGACCUGGCCACACUGUCCACAUUCAGGUUGUGUUACAUUUAUAGCUUCUAUCUGGAUCUUGGCAGAGCAAGGGUUUUGAAUAUUGGUCAUCCUGUUUGACAUUAUCCUGUGUACAGACGUUAUAAAUAAAAAAAUUAAAAUUUGAAUAAUCACAAGAUCAUAAUUCAUAGAUCAUAGGUAAACUGAGAUGAUAGACCCUAAACUACUUGUAAAUGAUAAAGAAAGAUUUAAGAAAAUCACAUAAUAAAAUGAAUUGAUAAUUAUUACUUACGUAUUGACCUUUCUUAUCCCAUGUUUUAAACCCGAGUAAUAUGUGUUGGACAUGCAUUUAAUACCUUUACUUCAAUAUAUUGAGUAGAUUUGUAAAUAUUAACUUACACAUUACUAUAGAUCACUCUAUAGUGGUAUAUGGAAUUAUUAUUUUUUUUGAUUAUUGUAAAGUAUUUUAACAAAUGAAUCUAGAAGAAUUGUGUUAUUUUUAGAACAUAAGGCCUUCAGUUUCAAGUUAAUAUUUCCUUACAGCACUAAAUGAUUUUGCUAUGUUUAUUGAUAUCUUAUUACGUGACCAUAAUAAAUAUUGGCAUAAGUGCCGGGACGAGCCCAUCCCAGCCCCUGGUGACAUUUUAAACCACUCAAGUCAGCUAUGAUGUUGAUAUUACCAAGUCUCAAUUAAAAAUACACUCUGUUCUAACUGCACCAACAUAAUUAUUAGGCAUGAUCAAUUUAUAGUAGUAUUUAACAAACAACUAAAACUAGAUGUUUUAUUCACACAAGUUGUAAAAAGUUGUGAAUUUAAAGUGAAUUUUACAUUUUAGAGCAAAAUAGCUUAAAUUGGAACAUAGCUGACUUCGAAUUUGGAAUGUUCUUCCAAAUUGGUGAUUGUGGCCUAAAACUUUAAAGGAAAACUAUAGGGAAAUUAAAAAAAAAUUAUAUUGCUAGCUCUAAUGCUCCCUGUAGUGGCUACCCUCGCUUCCGCAACCACCUGCAGCGCAAAAUUCUUUUGUCAUUGGCGCUGGAUCAUGGUCCGCCUUCGCUCCUCCUUCCCCGACACCGGCCGACGUCGGGAACCUAAAGUACAUGCGCGGCGAGCGCUGCAAGUGCAUUAGGACAGCCCUAUAGGAAAGCAUUGUACAAUGCUUUCCUAUAGAGUUUAUGGUGAUGUUGGAUGUCCUCAUGUAUAGUGUCCAAAGUGACCAAAAGUCGACUAACAACCUGGAAGUUACUCUAAUGGCUGUCUGGUAGACAGCCACUAGAGGUGGAGUUAACCCUGAAUGGUAAUGUUUGCAGUUUCUCAUUAACUGCAAUAAUUACCCUUGCAGGGUUAAACUGACAGGGACAGUGCACCCAGAGCACUUUAGUUAGCUGAAGUGUUUUGGGUGACUAUAGUGUUCCUUUAAACAUACUUCAACAUCACUUUUGAUUUCUGGCAAUUCACACUUUAGUGAUCGAUCCUUUCUUUUUACUGUAUUAACUUCUGCCUUCUCAAAUACUCACUUCUCCUCCUUCAUAUUUUAGUCCUCUAUGUUCCUGAUUGCCUGUAAAUCAAUUCUUUUAGAUAUGUCACAAAAUGUUUAGUAUGUAAUGUGAGUUAACACUUUGAAACAUAGGCCUUGAUUUAAUUAGCUUUUCAAAUUAUUCAAUAAAGUUAGAAAAAUGUUCCAAAUGUCUUAUCUACUGAAAUCACCGUUAAAGUCUAUGGAAACCUUUGUAGCUCAGUCUUUGGAAAAGUUUUUUUCUAACAGAAUAAUUUAAAAAGCUUAUUAAAUCAGGGACAUAAUGCACUAUUCUGCUCAUUAUGGCCACAAUUUAAUGUUGUUGGAUGAGCUUUUAAAAUUAUUUAAUAUUUUUAGGAUACAUUUUUUUUUUUAAUUCAGAAUACAAAAAUAUAAUUUUUUUUACAAUAUAUAAAAUAUCUCAAAACAUAAAAAUAUUACAAAAUUACAAUAUUCUUCAUAAUAUUAAAUCAUUUUAAAUGUUUAUCCAAAAAUAAUCUGAAUAGUAGUCAUUUUAGGCCAAUUUUUAGAUGGACCCCCCUAGCCUGCCUUUCUAAAAGCAUAGUACCUUAUAUUUUGAGCUAUAUACAGAACACGUAACACAUAAUAAUAUAGAAACUGUGCAUUUGACUGCGUACAAUUGUGAAAAUGAGCAAGACAUUGUAAAUAUAGAAAGAACACCUUGUUAAAGUCUUUUGUUUCCAAUUGAAAUAUACUGUUCUAAUAUACCAAGGUAGAGUUCUAUUGUCAUAUUGGCAGAAUUAAAAAUGACUGGCCUGCUCUUGAUGGCUUAUUCUUGUAGAGUACCUUAUGUACUAUUGUAGUGUGCUUGGUGCAUCAUUGUGAAUAAUUGGAAAUUAUACAGUGUUUCAAAAGUUUUUUACUUUUCAUCUGAUAACAUAUAGGUUGCCAUAUUAUCCCAGGUACUAGAGUUCCAACUGAUUGGUUGCUGAUGAGAUUGGUGAUGGCAUGCCGCUUGUUGUAGGAGUAGUACUUGAUGAGAAAGAUUUUUAUCUAUGUUGAGUUGAAUUAGGAGUAGCUGUCAGACAUUCUUAGAUGUCUUUGAAGUAUGGAUUAAUGAAUUUAGUAUGUUGUACAAUUUUGAUUAUUCCAGCUAUAUAUCUGUAUAUAGCUACCAGAACAGACCUUCUGAUCAGACAUGGUCUGCUAGUGGUUUGAUCUAUAUCUUUUAUUAAGGAUAGGAUACAAUCUAGACUGUAAGCUCGUUUGAGCAGGGUCCUCAUCUACCUACUGUUCAUGUGUCACUGUGUAAUUGUUUCAUGUAUUGUAAAUUUCCCCCCCUUUCAUAAUAUUGUAAAGCGCUGUGGAAUUAGUUGUCGCUAUAUAAAUACCAAUAAUAAUACUAAUAAUAAAAUAAUACGGGGGUCUACCCAAAUAAUUACGAGUGUGCAUUUAGGAAGUUGAUAAACUACAGAAUGGCGUCAUGAAGUCUGGAAAAGUCCUUAGAUUCUCUUAUAAUAGUGUGAUUGAGUGUCAAAUGUUUUGUGUAGGUCUAAGAGACUCAAACUUAAGUAACUGUUAUUACUUAAGGGUUAUUGCUAAAUUUAAGAUGUGCUGUUUCGCUUUUACCUAUUUGUCAGAAUCAGCGGGGGAACUACUGCCGGGGCGGAUGCUUUGGGGACUGCACACUAAGGAUGGUAAGUGUGCGUCAGCAGGGGCCCAGUUGGGUAUAAUGGCCCCUUAAGAGCGGAAUGUGGCCCUUUAAUAUCGACAGCCAGUGAGGAAGUGAGAGCCUGUCACUUCCUCCCAGCUAACAGAGCCGCGCAGGAAAGAGGAGGAGAAGGCAGAGAGGAGAGGGCACAGACUGGGAGAGCAAGACUGAGCUCUUGGAGGGUAAGAUGGAUAAGCUUUGUACAGAUCAUUAUGAAAUUGUUGGCAUCCCAGUUCCACCACUCUGAAGGAAAUGUCUUCUUACCUAAAAAGGUUUUUUAAAGCCAAUGCCCCUAAAUUGCUGACACUGCCUGGCUUCAAGAUAGAAGCCACCACCUUCACAAACCCAGAGGUCUACCUCAUCAUAUCCUUAGAGACAUAAUAGUAAAGUUCCACUACUUCCACACCAAGAUGGCACUACUGGAGGCUUUCGCAAAGUCAAAGGUGCCUCAGGUUACAAGGUUACACAGCCCUAUCAGUGCACACUUACCUGUCUCACUCAACAAUGGCCAAGUGGAGAGAAUUCUCUCAAGUUACCAAAGCACUGAGUGAACAGGGCAUCAUCUAUCAUUGGGGAUUUAAAUCUAAGCUUCUUGUCUGGAGGAACAGGGCCACCAGAGUCAUCUGUACCCCAGUGGACGGAGUAGGAGCACUUUAAGUGUGGAACAUCACAUCACCAAUGACGCACAGUUGCAAGUCACCUUCUCCAGCAAAGAUGUCCCUAAUUUGGAGAAGAGUGUCUGCCUCAAAAUGAAGCUUUGACUCACAUUCUCAGAUUACAUCUUCCUGAGUUGCAGCAUUAUAGAAAAAUCUGCAUGCUAUGAGUAUGCACGAUUUUUAUUUUUUUUAUUUUAGCAAAUGUAUAUAGUUAGUUAAUUUUUGCUAAUACACUACUCAUGUUUGAAGCAUUCCAUUAUGAACCACCAUGGCUGAUUUGUUCUCAAUUCAGCUAUUUAAGAUGCCCUAAUGGAUAGGUCUUGUACCUAAGGUCACGUUUUUAGUCUGGUUUACAGACCUGAAUAAUGACGCUUUCUUAGUUUAUUAAAAAGUUGCAUGAUGUUAUAUUCUGUCAGGUUGUUUAGGCCUACAUUAGGUUAAGUCAAAACAUACAAGACAAUGUUAUGAUAAUAAAAAAAUUAAAAAUGUAAAAAUUUAAAUACAAAAUCCCAAUAAAUAAAAUACAACUCCCACUAUCCCCCCCAAAAGAGUUCCAAUGCAUAUGUAUAAAAUUGAGUAUAUAGGAAUCUUUAGUAAUGUUACCAGGCAUCGUCUUUAGAAGCACUACAUUUGUUUGUAAUACAUGUAAUUUACCAGUUCCUAGUUAACCUACACAAGCCUACUUAGUAUAUCUAUUCAUAGGUCUUACGCCAGUUAUGAUGUACUGAAGGUGAUAUUCUCCAGGCAGAAUGAUCCUUGCUAUAAAAGGAUUGUGGCAAGGAAGAGUAUGUACUAUGGCUGGGUCUUAGAAAAAAGUAAAAUUGACCACCAUGUAUCACUGACAGCCACAGUCAUGGAAACUGGUUACACUGAAAGCCACUGCCAUGUAAAAUGGCUUCACCGAAGGAAAGCCACAAUGAUGGAAUAAGGUUUCACUGAAAGUCACGAACAAAAGGGAAUUACACAAUAUGGCCCACCACUACAUCACAGUAUCCUAACAUCGGUGGGUUCUAAAGGAAUUUUAGCAUGGGAGAUGAACAUGUUAAUUGCAAUACUUACUGCUUUAACUGCUUCUAGAGACUCUGCUCCAUUUUUGCUUUCCUGUGGUCACCUUCAAAGGGGCACCUAUAGUGAAGAGGUUGUGUUCUCAGCCCAAUACGAAUCUGAUCUGGAUUCCAAAUCAACAGAAAAAUGGAAACACCUGUAAUAUGCAUUUCUAAGUGGUGCUGCCGUAAAGGCCACAAACACUGAAAGCCAUGGAACCUAGUUUCACUAAAAGCUAUGACCAUGGAAUGGAGUGGCAUCCCCAAUUUAACCAUGAAAUUAAUGCAUCUGUGCUUGCUUUAUCCACAAUAUAUCAGAUUUGAUCAACUUUAUAGAAAUGGAGAAGAAGAGCCCUCCAGUAGUUUUCUUCCUGAUACCUAAUCAAUACAUAAACACAUCUAGAAGCCAGAAUGUCGCUGUUUAAUAGGGAAUUAUUUUGUAUUAAUUACAUUACAUUGUCUGCUCAAAAUCUGUUUGUAAAAAAAAAUCCCAAUGGUUAAAAUGGUUAAAAAUAAAACCAAGCAUGUUUAAUGUGUCUCCAUUUAUCUUGCAUUGAAAUGUCAUUGAUUUACAAAGAAAAUGAAAUUUUUAAUAUGAAUUUAAAAGUUAAUCUUCAAGCAGAAUUUAACAUCAAUAAGAGAAUAAGAGCUUGCUAAAAAUAUUUUUAGAGCAACUUGUAAAGAUAGUCAUAGAGAUGGCGUCUCCAACUCAUUAAAAUAUACCUCUGCUUUCCUCACUUCAGAACCAGCAAGUGAAAAAAAUCAAACUGACAGAGGGAUUUUUUUGUCUUCAGAUGAAAUCCUAUGACAGGUGGACACAGUUUCUUGCUUAAAGGAGUGACCUCAGAUGUCUAGGACUGAGUUUAAUUCCUUAAGGUUCCCUUAGAAACCUAGGAGGACCACCAAACCAAAUACUAAUAAAAAAAAAAAAAAAAACAUAAUACAUUCAAAGGUUUUGUGGGCAUGUAGUAUAAUCAUUUCCUCUGUGAAGUCUCAUAACACGAUUGCGAAACUCAGACAGCUCUGGAUUAAAUCGCCCUGUGAGGUCCUGGGGAAGCCCAUUCUUAUCCCCGACUAAAGGACAGGCUAGUGUAAUUUACAUAUCCAGUUUGGCAAAUGACAUCCAAGUAGGACCUAUGAAAAGGGAUCUGUUGCAUAUUGACAAAUGUUAAUUUAAGCGCUUAUCUAUUUAUUUGAAACCUGGGAUGAAUAGUAAGGACAUUAAUUUAUGACAGAAAAGAAAAAAAAUACCUAAAAAUUUAUAACAUUUUCAUUUAUUUCUUCAUACUUUAUUGAAAAACAUGCAAUAUAUUUAAUUUUUUUAAUUCUUUAUUUAGGAUAGGUGAUAUUUAGUACAUUGGUUCAGCAUUGGUAUAUGACACGACUUGUGAAACAGCAUAACAUUUAAACAAAAUUUCACACAAUGUAUCUCCUGGUUUUCUUUUUAUAGGUAACAAGAUUAAUUAAAAAAAACAUGGUAAGCCAGCUACCCUAUUUAUAUAGGAUAGAAGGAUUUCUAUGUAUUUACAAUAUCAUGAAAUGACUCUGUUGUCUAAUAUUCCAAAUGAAAAUUAGAGGGCCUAACUGUGAUGGUUACUCCUAACCAAAGGGGCAACGGGAGGUUGAGAUAAUAUUCACCUGUGUAGGUGAUCAAUAUUAAAGUAGGUUUAAGUGCCAAGGAUAAAAAACAAACAAAGAUAACGGUUGAGCCAAAAUAGACAAAUAAAAAUAUAAAUAUGUAUAUAAAAGUCUUAGCUGAAAGGGUCUUCUUUAGAUCAAAAAGUCUAUAAAGUGCUUAUUCAGGAACAAUGUCCUCGCUGUUCUUCCCCAGGGGGAUCCAAUAUUUUGAAACGAUAAAACAGAUACAAGAACCAAAUAGUGUAGUACGUCCAAUAUGGUACAAGAAAUAAAAAGAAGAUAGGUAAUGCACUCACAUGUAUUAGAGCUAUAGCUAGCUCUUAGUAUAAAAGGUGUACAGCGGUGUGAUCCCCGCUUAUGGGAUAUGGUGCAGGCUUCUUCUUCCAAGGGUAUGUUCCACACAUAAAUAAAAUAAAAAGAGAGACGACCAAUAGUGCUCACUGGAUAAAAUAGUAUAAAUAAAAUAAAUAAAAAGGUACUCACAAGAGAUGACAACAUUGGUGGUAUGAUCCCCACCUCAGGAUUACUUGGAGUCCAAAAGGAUAAAAUGCCAGGUAGAAAAAUAAAAAAUAUAUAUAAGGUGUAUUUAAAAGAUGAUUGGCACAAUAAAAGGUGACCAAAAAAUCCUUUUGGACUCCAAGUAAUCCUGAGGUGGGGAUCAUACCACCAACGCUGUCGUCAAGGAGCAGUUUGCCUGUUCCACUCUUGUGAGUACCUUUUUAUUUAUUUUAUUUAUACUAUUUUAUCCAGUGAGCACUUUUGGUCUUCUCUCUUUUUAUUUUAUUUGAGUGUGGAACAUACCCUUGGAAGAAGAAGCCUGCACCAUAUCCCAUAAGCGGGGAUCAUACCGAUGUACGCCUUUUAUACUAAGAGCUAGCUAUAGCUUUAAUACAUGUGAGUGCAUUACCUAUCUUCUUUUUAUUUCUUGUACCAUAUUGGACGUACUACACUAUUUGGUUCUUGUAUCUGUUUUAUCGUUUCAUAAUAUUGGAUCCCCCUGGGGAAGAACAGCGAGGACAUUGUUCCUGAACAAGCACUUUAGAGACUAUUUGAUCUAAAGAAGAUCCUUUCAGCUAAGACUUUUAUAUACAUAUUUAUAUUUUUAUUUGUCUAUUUUGGCGCAACCUUUAUCUUUGUUUGUUUUUUAUCCUGAUUGUAUUUGAGGGUUUUUUGAGGGAUCCCCUUUAAAGGUUUCAGCCUUUUUGUUAUUUAGCGCUUACUCUUUUUCUUGAUUUUAAGUACCAAGGAGCUUGACAUCAAGCCCUUCCAGCCAGGGCAAUCCCCAACUGCCGUAUAUUAUAGUAUAAUGUAGUGCACGAUAACAAACAAUAAAAGUAAUGCCUCAAAAAGAAGAAGUAAAGAGACUCUAGGAAGAUAAUUUGACUUAACAGCAGGCAAGGUAGCAGACAAGUCAUGAGGCAAUUUCCCCAUCUUACUCAACAGCGAAUCUAGUCUAAUGCUACCCCCACUGGUACUCCAGACCUGCUGUUUGUAGCUGUCUCAUGACAGGUGCAGGAUAUUUGCACCUUUGCAAUGUGGAUCUGGUGAGAGCUUGAAAGAAGGUGAAAUUAAGUAAGGCGUCUUGCCCCUUAGUGCUUCCAUGAUGGCGCUCUUGGUGUCGGCAGAUGGGCAACAGACUAUGAUAUUUCUCACAAGAUUAGAUGCCACCUGCCUUAUCUGCGGUAAGUGAUAUGCCCAUCAAAGCUUAUCUUCUUUGCCUGGGUCGGUGGAAGGAUGGAUGCCAAAAGUCGUCUAUGGUAAUUCCUUGGGGGCGAUGGUGUUGAGUAUGACCGGGAUUGUUAAGUGACUUCUUUGGUUGCAGCACUACAUAAUGGACAUUUGAAUGACUUCUGCGCUUCAAGCUGUUUGUAAUUAAACAGUGUCCCUCAAGUUGGACAGACCUGCUUGGAUGUCUGUGAUGUCUUUUUUGGGAGCCCGAACCUGGUCAGUGACUGACUGGACAUCUGAUUUAACAAGGGCUAUGUCAGCAGCUAGCAUUUUCUGAAUGUCUUGCAGGUGGUUUCAGAUAUCCUGCUCUGCAGUUUUGUAGAUGGAGUUGGUCUCGGGUUUUGGUAGGAGCACAGUUAGUUAGCUUUUGUGUUCUGCACCCCACACUGGGAUCACUGUGUUCCGGACUCUGGAAUUGGUUGGCUGUUGUGCACGAAGCCGCACCUAGAUAAGUACCACCAGGGCGGCUCUCAAAGGCCAAUAGGUGCGGUGUGCAGUAGUUCAUUUCAUCCCCUACUCCAGAAAAAAUGGCAUUAAUGUCUGCAGAAGUGCACACUGAGCGAAAGGGAGAAUAAGCGUGUGUCUGUGAGUGAGUGAGUGUGUGAGUCUGUAAGUGAAUUUGUGUGUGUGUCUGUCAGUGAGUAUUUAUGUCUGUCAGUGAGUGUCUAUUACUGAAUGUGUGUGUGUCUGUCAGUGUGUGUCUGUUUGUGAGUAAGUGUGUGUUUGUUAGUGAUGUGUGUCUGCCAGUGAAUGUGUGAGUGUGUCUGUCAGUAAAUGUGUGUGCGUGUCAGUGAGUGUGUGCCUGUCAGGGAAUGUGUGUCAGUGAGUGUCUGUGUCUGUUAGUGAGUGUGUUGGUCAGUGAAUGUAUGUGUGUGUGUGUGUGUGUGUGUGUGUGUGUAUGUGUGUUUGUCAGUGAAUGUAUGUGUGUGUUUGUCAGUGAGUGUGUCUGUCAAUGAGUGUGUGUGUCUGCCAGUGAAUGUGUAAGUGUGUCUGUCAGUGAAUGUAUCUGUUAGUGAGUGUUUUGGUCAGUGAAUGUGUGUGUCUGUCAGUGAAUGUGUGUGUGUGUGUGUGUGCCUGUCAGUGAAUAUGUGUGUGUCAGUGAGUGUGUGUGUUUUUUAGUGAAUGUGUGUGUGAAUCUGUCAGUGUGUGUGUGUUUGUCAGUGAAUGUGUGUGUGUGUGUCUGUCAGUGAGUGUGUGUCUGUCAGUGAAUGUGUGUGUAACUUUCAGUGAAUAUGUUUGUGUCAGUGAGUGUGUGUAUGUUUUUUGGUGAAUAGGUGUGUGUGUGUGUCUGUCAGUGUGUGUCUGUUUGUGAGUGUGUGUAUUUGUCAGUGAAUGUGUGUGGGUGGGUGCCUGUCAAUGAAUGUGUGUGUCAAUGAGUGUGUGUGUGUCAAUGGGUGUGUGUGUCUGCCAGUUAAUGUUUGUUUGUGUGUGUGUGUGUGUGUGUGUGUGUGUCUGUGAGUUAAUGUGUGUUUCAGUGAGUGUGGAUCUGUCAUUGAGUGUGUGUGUCUAUCUAUCAGUGAGUGCCUUUGUCUGUUAGUGAGUGUUUUGGUCAGUGAGUGUGUGUGUCUGUUUGCGAGUAUGUGUGUCUGUUUGCGAGUAUGUGUGUUUGUCAGUAAAUGUGUGUGGGUGUGUGUCAAUAAGUGUGUGUGUGUGUCUGCUAGUGAAUGUGUGUGUGUGUCUGUGAGUGAAUGUGAGUGUGUUAUUGAGUGUGGGUAUGUCAGUGAGUGUCUGUUAGUGAAUGUCUCGGUCAGUGAGAGUGUGUGUGUCAGUGAAUAUGUGUGUGUGUCAAUGAGUGUGUAUGUCUGUUAGUGAGUUUAUGUGUGUGUGUGUCUGAAGUGUGUGUCUGUCAGUGAAUGUGUGUGUGUGUGUGUCAGUGAGUGUUGAUCAAUGAAUGUGUGUCUAUCAGUAAGUGUGUGCUUAUUUAGAGAAUGUGCGUGUGUGUGUGUAUGUCUGUCAGUGUGUGUCUGUUUGUGAGUGUGUGUCUUUGUCAGUGAAUAUGUGUGGAUGUGGGUCUGUCAGUGAGUGUAUAUGUGUGUGCUUGUCAGUGAGUGUGUCUGUCAAUGAGUGUGUGUGUCAAUGAGUGUGUGUGUGUCUGCCAGUGAAUGUGUGAUUGUGUCUGUCAGUGAAAGCGUGUGUCAGUGAGUGUCUGUGUCUGUUAGUGAGUGUUUCAGUCAGUGAAUGUGUGUGUGUGUGUGUGUGUGUCCGUGAGUGUGUGUGUGUGUGUGUCUGUUAGUGAGUGUCGGUCAGUGAGUGUGUGUGUUUGUCAGUGAAUGUGUGUGGGUGUGUGUCUGUCAGUGAGUGUGUGUGUGUGUCAAUGUCAGUAAAUGUCUAUGUGUGUGUGUCUGUCAGUGAAUGUGUGUGCCUGUGUGUCCCUGCCUGUGGAUUUAAUGCUCAGCUUGGUUCCUUGUAGAUAGUAGGUCAGGGUUAAGGGCCAGUUAAAGUGUCGUGCGUUCACAGGUAUUUCCCUUCAAAUUGCAGUGUCACAGAUAUUCACCAAUUAAACAAAAUGAGAAUAAAAACAGAAAAAUAGUGCUCUCUGUUUUGUUGUUUUAAAAGCAAAAUAAAAGGAGGUAUACUAAAAUCCUUGCUCAAUCCUGUGUAGCGUAGGUGGUUUCCUCUCUACCAAGGAGGUAAGAACUGUGGCUCCUCCUGAUAAAAUUUUCAGGGAUAAAAUCAGGAAGGCCCAGGUAAGGUAAAAAAAUUGUUUAAUUUAAAACAAAGUUAAUAAAACCAAUGACAUACAAAACAUUAACAUGUUUCCCCCCAAAGUGGCUUUUUCAACGUGUCUUUGAUCAAUGAAAGAACAUUUGAUGCUUACUUGGAAAUCUGCAAGGAAUGAUGUAGUAAUUAAGCAUGACAGAAAUGUAUUUCCCAGUACAUGUAUAUAAUAAUAAUUACAUAUACUAGUAUACUACAUGGUUGUCAUCUGAGUCAGGUCACAGGCUUCCUUUUGUGCAUUCUUCUACCAGGUAAUUACCCCCAAAAAAUCAUGAUUAAUCACGUAGAGAAAACGAUUAAUUUAGGCAUAUGAAACUUGUGACAAUAACACUUAGAACCCUCUUUAACUGUAAAUACUGUACUGUAAAUACUUGGAAAUGGGCAUUCUGAAAAACGUUCUUGUGUUUCUUCAUUAAUAAAUAUACAUAUGCAUUUAAGAAAUGGAAUAUACCAAUAAAGAAAAGGAAACAAAGUAAAAAAAAAAAAAAAUGAAGGGCACUUUAUUUCAAAAUAGAAAUAACAUUUUUAAUAUCACAAUCUCCAGGUUAUAUCAGUUAUAAUGUCAUACAAUCAUACUGCAACCAUAAUGGGUCAACGUUAGUCAAACUACCUCCUUCCUUUCCCUCAAACCCAUGACUGUCUGUAGACAUGUGACCGUCUUUAAAACGUUAGUCAAGCACUACCUUUACCUACUACCUUGCUGGGUAAAUCUGAAGCUAAAAAAGAGGUAUAGCAGGGAUCUUUGAAAAAAACGUUCUGGAUUUUUAUAUAACAACAACAAUGAACACUUCCCGUGCAACCACUAAAGAAAUAUUUUAACCACCUAAAGUGUACUGUAGUAGUUAUGGUGCUAGGAGUUCCCUGGCAUCAUCCCACGGUAAGCCGUCAUAUAAUUUAUAAAUGGCCUGUGACUUACCUGGCUACAUACGGUGACCACGGUAAUUCUAGUCUGCACUGAUAUGCUGAAGAAUACUUGCUGGUUAACUUACCAACUUAAAAUAAUUUUUACUGGCUGAGAAAGCUGACAGCUGACAAUGUCCAAAUAUCUUUAGAAGCUUUUGGAUUGACAAUGUUCGUUAUUGAUUUUUUUACAUUCUUUAUUACAGGAAACAAAAAACACAGCCAUGCCUCUAUCAGGAACACCUGCCCCAAACAAGAGGAAAAAGUCUACUAAAAUUCUUGUGGAGAUCAGCUGUAAGUAUCUUGGUUAUUGUAAAUUACCAUUCACGGUAAAUGUACCAUCACUGUUGUAGUUAGCCUCCAAAUGCGGUCUGAUUUUUAUGCAAUUUUAUUUAAUAAAAGAAAAAUUGCACAUGUAAUUUAUUGGCCUUGCCACCACACAUGUAGGUGCUGUGAGUACUGCAAACAAAUGCAGUCAUCUUACCAUAGCCCUGUGCAUUUUAAAACAAGUGUGUAGCUCAAAAUGUAUAGUCUAAUAUUUCCAUGGACAUGCUUGUUAAAUUGAUUAAUCAUAUCUCAUGUCUAACACAUAAUAAAAUGAUAUUGUGAUAAAAAGUGCAACUAAAAAACAUGUUACAUUCACAAGUGUGAAUAGUGUAUAGUCCUCAACUAUACACAAAAUUAGUACAAUGUAACAAAACUAAAAACUAUAAACCAAUACAAAAAUGGUACAGCGUGCAAAAAAAAAAAAAUGUUUGCCUAAAUUGGUUAUAAUACUGGAAACAGAAGUUUCUCAUGAGUAGGGCAUAAAAAAAUAAAAUAAAAAAAAACACCAGAAAAAAAAUAGUGUAAAUCAGUAAAAAAACAAAACAAAUAAAAAGAGCUCUCACUCCCAAUAGGCAACUCACAUGAAAUAGAGCUCUAGGUUGUGUAACUGAUGGAGUCUCUAAAGGUUCCACAACACCUUCAUGAUGAAUGAUUUUGCUGAAUGAUAUCUUCAAAAGCAAACAUAAACGGCCAGUAGUGUUGAUGGUACUCAAUGGCAGAAAUGUGAAUCUAGAACAAGGAAAAACUCACUCACAUAGACAAGAGACUAUGAAUAUUGGCUCAAGUAUAAAUGAAAAUGUGCUAAAGUACCACCCCGCUUACAAACAGGAAGACAGCAACAGACUACAGGCAGCCAGAUCAAUAUAUGUAUAAGAGAACUUUAUUACUUAUAUAAAAAGACUCAUCGUUAUAGAGGGGGAAAAAAUAGAUGUCCUUGUUGUCUUCCGAUAUGCAUUUUGCUGCGAUAAAUCAGCUUCCUCAAUAUCUUGCUACUGUAGUUUCUCUGGAGGUUAAUCCAUUACCAAGCAUCUAAGGCAUAGAGGUAGGGAGUUAACAAUGGAAAGGGUUAACGCUUCUUUGGGGCCAUAUCUUGCUUUUCUGCUUUUGCACAUAUAUUUUCUAUGCAUAAUCAGGUAAAACAUCCUCAUAUAAGACAUUCUUCCUAUGCAAAUAUUAUUUAAAUAAAGUGUUGUGCUGUAGAGAGGCAUGAAUUAAUAAUGCAAUAUGGGCAAAAUGUUUAUUUUUAAUAUAUUUGUUUAAUUACAUGGAAAAAUGUGUGCUUUGGCAUCUUUUCAGCAAAGUGUAUUAAUGAAGUGUAAAACCGAGGGGAGCGCCGGAUAAUAAUAAAUUAUAUUUAUUAUAUGGGUAAGACACUUGGAAUGAAUUCUCAUAGCACAUCUGACUCUUAAAUUGUUUUUGUGUUUAAUUAAAAUUCCUACUCACAAUUUGCAAACAGUUUUAUUUAAUAAAACAUUUUUAAAAAGCUGUGUUCUUUUUUGUUUUUUAAAUGUAAAACUAUAUGGUUGGUUUUAAGGUUCUUGCUUGGACAGUUGCUGCAGUAGCAAAACUUCCUUCUUCUGCUCUCCUCUAAAAUAAAUAAAUAUAGAUAGGUGGAUGGAUGGAUGUAGAGAUGGCUGGAUAGACACACUCACAGAAAUGUGUUUGAUUUACCCUAAAUGACUGUAUGCAACUACCAUAUGGAUUUUUUAUUUUUUUGUAGUUUUCAGUUGAACUAAUGAUAUAUAGACUAAUUAACCAAACACUAUUGAGACUGAAGUUAAUUGGCACCUUGAAGUGCUAUUUUAUUCACAUCAUAGCAUGUUGAGCAUGUUUGGAUGUGAAUAAAAUAACACUUGGAGGUGGCAUAUCAUUUAUGUCCUGAAAGCGCUAAUUACUGAAUCUAUACUGAAUAACCUAUACUGCUUAACUGCAGAUAGAUAGGCAGAGAGGAAGACAGACAGACUCACAGAAGUGUGUGCACGUUACAAUAAAUCGCUCUCUAGGCAACUACCAACUACGUGAUAACUGAUAAUGAUCGCCCUACAUUCCAUUUUCUGUUUGCGCUAAAAACAAUCAAACAAGACAAAGUCAAGCACAGAAAAUUGUUUGGAUUUCUAAAGAAAAGCACAAGAAGGCAAAAUGGUGAAUGUAGGAACAUACUAGUCGCAGGUUGGGUAGAAAGCUCACAAAACCAUUCAACUAGAGGUAAUAUGCAGAAGAAAACAAGAAAAAUAAUAAAGGCAGACGGUAAAUACGGUAAAUGUACAAGAUCCUUUAAUGGUAAUAUUUACUUUUCUUUAAAACAACUGUAGUGAACUUAAAUAGUGAUUUGAUUGAAAAUCUAUGCAUAAUUUGCAAAGACGCCUGAUGGUGACAUCACCAUGGGGGCUGGUAGGAUAUACUUACCUGAAUGUGUCCCUCAUGGUUGCUGACAUCCUCUACCAUCUGGUCCUCUUCAGCUCCUGGAACUUCAGCUGUCAGGAGCCAAUGUCAGUGCAGUAGCCUCGCACAUUUGCAGAGUACAGCUUUGAGGUCUAUUAGGUCAAGAUUGCGGGAUCCUCGGUAGAAAGAACUUGACAAAAUGUAUCUCCGUCUUUAGUCAAUCAUUGUCAAAUGUAGGAAAAAUACUGAGACAAAGUAGUCAAUACUUUGUCUCAUUAUCUUCUUUAAGUGGUUUGAAAAUUCAGUAAAAUUACAACACAGUCUAUGUGAGCAUUUCAUGAAGAUAAUAUCUUUAUGAAAUACUCAUAAAGGUGUGACAGAGUAACUUUAAAUGAGGAAAUUUCAAAUUUAAACACAAUGUUGCUUUUCUUUGUGGUCAAUAUCACAAUUUCAUAUUUAGAUUACUUUUGUGCAUUUUUUUAUGCCAUCUUUUUAUAUGCUCUUUUUUAUUUUUUUUAUUUUUACGUUAUUGGUAUGCUAACUAUAAUUUGUUAUUAGCAGAGUAAAAUAAAAAAUAUCUUCGUGCUGAAAGAAUCUGAAGUUUAGACAUUAUGCAUUUUGAAAGGAUGCAAAUGUUACCAGCUUGCAUGAAGAUCUGUAAAUUACUUAUGGUUUAUGUUUUAUAGCCUCAAGAGAAGAAGAACAAGAUGUCUCUAGACUAAAUUUAGGGAAGAAGAUCAGUGUUCCUAGAGACAUCAUGCUGGAGGAAUUGUCUUUGCUCAGCAAUAAAGGAUCCAAAAUGUUUAAGCUUCGUCAAAAGAGAGUGGAAAAAUUCAUCUAUGAAAACAAUCCAGAUGUAUUUUCAGACAAUUCAGUGGUAAGAGAAUGGUUCAUAAUUAUACUCUAAUUUGGUGUUGUAUUGGCAUUGGAACCAUGUUUUAGUCUUCAUGGUUUCCAAACCUCAGUGGGUCCUCCGAUAAAUGUGAGAUUUAAAAAUAAGUUAACCUAUCAUAUAAUCUCUGGUACACUGUAAGUGGGAUUGUUUUAGAUUAUUAACCAAAUCAUGCAUUCACUAGGGAAAUUCAAAUUUCUGUUGCAAAAUGAAUGGAUUGAGAAAAAAAAACUGCAAGUCAGCUAUGAUUUCAGCUCCAAUAUGUUGGCAUUAAAUAUGUGAUUUUCUUGUGAAUUACAGACAACUCAUAGUUUAGUGAAUAAACCUGUGUGUGUGUGUGAGUGGUGCAAUGUGUAAGGGGUGCAGUGUGUGUGUGAAGGUUGUAGUGUGUGGGUGAGGGUGGCAGUGUAUGUCAGGGAUGCAGGGAUGUGUAUGGGGCAGUGUGUGUGUGUGGGGGACAGUGUGUGUGUGUGCAUGGGGGCAGUGUGAGUGCAUGGGGGCAGUGUGAGUGCAUGGGGGCAGUGUGAGUGCAUGGGGGCAGUGUGAGUGUAUGAGGGGCAGUAUGUGUGUGUGUGUGGGGGCAGUGUGUGUGUGGGGGGCAGUGUGAGUGUAUGGGGGGCAGUGUGUGUGUGUGCAGUGUGUGUGUGGGGGGCAGUGUGUGUGUAUAGGGGCAGUAUAGGGGGCAGUGUGUGUAUGGGGGCAGUGUGAGUGUGUAUGGGGGCAGUGUGUGUGUGUGUGGGGGCAGUGUGAGUGUAUGGGGACAGUAUGUGUGUAUGGGGGCAGUGUGUGUGUGUGGGGGCAGUGUGAGUGUAUGGGGGCAGUGUGUGUGUGUGAUAAAGGUAGGGGGGGCUUUUUUUUAAUAUAUAUAUAUUUUUUAUUUUAUUUAAAUAAAUAUUCUAUGUCCCCCCUCCCUUCUUACCUUUAUGGAGGAGGAGGGGGGACAUAUUUCGAUCCCAGGUGGUCCGGUGGGGGAUUCCCUGGUGGUCUCAGUGGUUGGAGUGAACUCUAGCCCGCGCUCCCGGGCUAGAGUUCACUCUCGCGAGAUUUGGAGCGUUGCCGUGGUAACCGCGGCAACGCUCCAAUUCUCGAGAGAGGAGGACCCGGAGGAGCUGCAGGCUGCUGGGUCCUCUCUCUCACUCCCUCCCUCCGCUGCCAGCUGCCAGCACGGUGCCUGCGGACCGGGGAGGGAGAUCUCUGAUCUCCCUCCGCAGGCACAUAGCAGGGCUAGCACCUGCAUGUCCUGGCAGGGGAAAGGGAGUCCGGCGGAUUUCUCGAAGGGGGCAAUUGCCCCGUUGCCCCCCCCUGGAUCCGCCACUGGUCCUCAUAGCCAUUCAUUUCUCACACCCCCCUCCCAUGUCUCUCUAGACUUCCACCCCAUGACUCUCUCCUUUACCUCCUGUAUUUCUGUCCAUCACCCACAUGUCUCUCUCUAUCACGUCUCAUGUAUCUCUACAUCAUCACCCCCAUCAUCGUGUAAUUCCGGAAUUUGCUGGUGCUUUAUAAAUAAUAAAAUAAUAAUAAUAAUUCUAUCAAUCUCUGACGUAAUCUAGUAGUUUAGUGCAGCCAGGGUCAGUAGAUGCCUGUGCUCUUUCCUGCAUACCUAUAUCCCUAUUCUUAUGUUUGGGUCUCCAUAAUAGAAGGUGUGAUGUGUCUGUGCUCUCCGUAUUACAGCAGUGGUUAUAUGCUGCAAGAACCACAACUACUACUGGGUGAUGUUCCAGUGAUUGUCAAUAUUCAAUGGAUGCAGCUUUCCAUAGAUAUACUAAAUAGACAAGAUAGUCAACACUUGGAAACAGUCCUUAUAAGAGAAGUUACCCUCCACACCCACACACACUCCUAGGCAGUUAGGGGAGAUCUUCCGAUAUUCUCAUUUGUCCUACAAGUUAAAGAAUUCAAGGAAAACCUACUUGGACGAAUGCCCAAGGCUGGUGGUGAAUUAAAUCUCCUUGCACUCAUAUCUAUGUUCCUUUGAGCAGGAAGUGGGAAGACCUUGCAACAUUCCUGUAAAGGAUCCCCUAUACUCCGACUGAGUAUAUGCGCUGUAGUUCUCCUGAAUUCCAAGUGAAGCAGUGAUUAAAGCUUGAGCUAUCCAAACAUCGGCCUAGACUUGAUGAAGGGUACAACAGGAAUAAUUUAUUCUUGCCAGAUGGCCUGCUUUUAUACACAUCAGGGUUACAGUCCAACAUGCCCAUAACACUGCCAAAUCCCGCCCAUAACACUCCCACAACACGCCCAUGAAUUCUGAGUCAGGAUGACUAAAUAUAAAAACAUAACAUACAUAAAAUAUUAAAAAUACAUAUAAGACAUAUAGGAACCCCCACAAAUAUUAUAUUGUUAAAUAGCCCUGAACUGAGCGCCCAAAUUCUUCAAAUAGCGUUCAUAGUGUUAAAGUUCUGACCGGCCUCACACACAUGAUCCUAUGCCCAAAACGUUCGGGAGCUCCUGCGGCCGCAAAACGGGAUGCUCUGGCUUGCUGUUAUGGAGCGUUUGUUCCCCUUAUUCUCAGGCACCUUCCCUCUAAAAAGUGCUCUCCUGCAUAUUUAAAAGUGGUUCAAAACCGCAAACCAUGUUGUCCGGGAACCACACGGUCACCUCAUGUUGAAAACAGUUCCAUACCAUUCGUGGCUAAGUCCCGCUGAGGUGACCAGGAACGCACAAAGUCCUCAUGCCAAAAUUAGUUCCAUAGCGAUCGCAGCUAACUACCACUGGGACUAUUCGUGUGUUUGGUUCAUGCAAACGGCCACCAGAGAGCAAGCUUUCGGUUCCAUUCACAUGAAGGGAAAGUGCCAAACCAGGGGCACCCAGGGCAAGCUACUAAUGGUGGUUGGGGAGAUUUAACUUCCAAACAGGGUCUUUGUAUAUGGCCCAUAGUUGGUGGGCAGGAGGCCAGCUUCUAUACUCCUCCAUGAAUUUGUGGCAAACGUCCAGGGCAAGGAGCGUUUGUCACAAUACUAUAUACGUUUUUUAUGCAGUAAUCAAUGGCAAAGUGUAAUAGAGGUGAUAAAAAUUAUAUGGUAAUAGAGAGGGCAAAUACUAUUUGUAAAUCUGUCUGUCUAUGUAAUUUAAAUGCUUCAACUGGUAGGACCAUGAAAGAAUUAUACAUAGUGGUAGCUGUGGUUGGACUUAGUAGGUUAGAAUGUUUUUAAGUUUUGAUCUUUAAUACUAAUUAAUAGUUAAAUUCCUCUUGAAUAUUUAAGAAUGUACAAAAUGCAUUUAUGAUUUAAUUGGCUACUUAGAGUAGGUAUGCAAAUUAACAUUGAUGUAUCUAGUCAUUAAUUGCUAUAGUGUGUAGACCAAAGCUAAUGACUCAAGUCAAUGUAUACAAAUAAUAAUUGAAGUAAGAGACAAAAUCUUGCAAGCAUGCAUAAUCAUGAGCUGAUUGUGCUCUGUUUUACAUUCUUAAGUGCCAAUUUAGAUAUUAAUAAUGGUAUUUAAAAACCACUGCAAAACAGGUACAAUAAAGGAACAAUGUAUAUUCCUAACCCUAUAGUUAAAAAUACUAUUUAGGACCCUUGGUCUCCCUUGCCACCCUUAUCCCUCUUAUAUAGGAUAAAAACACAUCUUUAUUCCAGUGCUGCAUAGGUCUGCGGACACUGGCUCUGCCCCCAAUCUGCCUCCUUGGCUGACAUCAGAAUUGAUGAUCUCAACCAAUCCAAUGCUUUCCUUCUGAUGAUAUCAGCCAAGAAGGCGGGGUGGGGGCAGACCCAAAAGCCAUGCAUGUCAAUCAGCAUAUGCUCAAAUGCUGAACGUCAGUGCUGUACACGGUACAGCACUGCCCCAGGAGUGACUGCCAUUGAAAGUGUCCCUAGGCAGCAAUGUAAACACUGCCUUUUCUCUGAAAAGGCAGUGUUUACAGUAAAAAGCCUGUAGGGAUUGACUAUACUCACUAGAACAACUACAUUAAGCUGUAGUUGUUCUGGUGUCUGUAGUGUCCAUUUAAAGUCAGCUUAAGCAGCAUAACAACUUUGCAGAAUUGUAAAGGAUAUGAUGCAAAGAGUACCCUUCAUCCACACCCAAUGCUUGGAAUGGCUUUAACUGUGGGAAUUUGUAACAAAAAUUGCUGCAACGAUAAGCAAGCCCCCUGACUCAAACACAAUGAUGAAAGAGUUUACAUUGCCUUCUGUGCAUGCACAAAUUAGAAGAAAAAAAUCUCUUUUUCCUUCCCGGAGACAACCAAGUCAAGGCUACACAUGUGAAGUUGGUGGCUUUACCGAUUGACAUACACAAACUGCGUUGCAAACCUGUGAACCCGGCUGUGUAUAAAGUGAUAACAGCUGCGGUACGAUUGCAAUUUAUUGAGCAGUUCCAAUCAUCCUAUGUCAGGGGUGGGCAAUCUUCGGCCCUACAUCUCCCUUGAUGCUUUGCUAGCACUACGGCCCUACGAGCAUUAUGGGAGAUGUAGUCCAAAACAUCUGGAGGGCCUCAGAUGUCCUAUGCUAUGGAUGGAACUGUGAAUGUGGAAUAAACCUAGAUAUAAUUUAAAGACUUGGGUUGGAGCCUAUUUAGACAACUUUCUGGUUUUGAGAAAUAAUGACUCAUAUUUGUUCUCCCAUAUUACUUUGUUUUCAUAUUUUCUCUUGUGCACACUGUAAAACACUCAGAAUGCCUAUUUUGUUUAACUCGCCCAAUAACAGAUUGAUAAUUGAAAGUAAAUGAUACUUGGCUAUUCAUAAGAAAUUUUUGUGCAUGGUUAAAAGAAAUUAAAAAAGAAAUUUAUAUUUAAUUAGUAUUAAACUUCCACAAAGCCCGAUAGGUAGAUGGGCAGGGGUGCUGACUAAAUAUAAAGAAACAGAAUUGGUAUCGAUAUCUGAGAGACUGUAACAUUUAAAACAAACUCCGCAAUGGUUUAGGAAACUCAUCUUAAGGAUGGUGGAAAUAGAAACACAUGUGGUGGUCUCAAUCAUUCCACUCAGAGAACCUAUUAGGGCCAACAGUGCAUCGCUUCGAGUCUAUGUCAUACCUUACAGCGACAACACAUUCUUAAAGCAAUAUCUUAUUGAUGAUCAUAUUCUCACCAUACUUCCUAUAAACUCCUGUCUGAACUAUAGAAAUAAUAUUUCCAAAUAGGAAUAUUCUAGCCAACUAUUUCAGGAGGGAAUGAUCAAUGAUGUCAAAACUACACUGUACCAAACAUUUUGCAAUACACAGAUUAUAUUAACCCUAAAAGAAGAAAAUAUGCAACGGUGGUUAUAUUGUCUCCCAAUUCGAAAAUUCUACAGAUUUAGAAAAAAAAAAUCAUUAUGAAUAGCAAUAUGUAAAUACAGGUUCACAUAGGUAGGUUUUUUUUUUUAAUGUAUUUUUUCUAGUGUGCUCAGUGAUCACGUAUUAAUUCCUAUACAUUUCUACUUAACUCUUAUGUUUUUUGGCAUUAUUGUUAUCGUGUUCCAUUAAAAUUAAGGGAAAUACAAAUACCUCAUUUUGUGAGAGCUGGGAAAAUGUGAGUUUAUUCACUAAACUGGGGAUUUUAGAGAAUUGAUAAAAGUAGAAAAAUUUGGGGCAAACAUAUUUUUCAAAUUCGGCUACUCUAGCCUAGAAUUGCUGCAAUUCCUUUUCAGCAAAUCUCACAGUUUAAUGAAUAAAUCUCUGUUCAUUUUUAUAAAGUGAAAUAGUGUGAAGAAGUCUUGCUUUUCUAUUAAUAUGUAUGCUAUAAUUUUAGAUCUUUUAACAAGGCUCCAGCAAUGGAAAGGCUAAGGGUUAAGGCACGUAACAGCAUUCCUGUUUAGUGCUAUGUGCAGGUCCUUUGGUCAUUGCACCUUCUUCUCUCCUCUGAUUGGUGUGUUCUGUUCUGUCGUUCAAGCCUCUAAGCACACAGGGUUAUAUAAUCCCAGCGACUCUCCUGAUUUUUUACUUCUUGUAUUUCUGUCUAUAUUUAGCUAAUGGAACAGCUGUUGUAGAAGCUGGUGUACAGAUUUUCUUUGCAGAGCCUGCAUUUACACUGUCAGUGGCUAAAUGCUAGCAUGUGGGUCGCCGUGUACAAAAAGAAUAACUAUGUAUUGGAUAUUGCACACGAUUGCUUGAAUUGAAAUUAAUUGAAAAAUCAUUAUGUAUAGCAAUAUGUAAAUACGCACUGAUAAACAAAAAAAAAAGCAUGUAGGUUUUAAAAAAAUAUAGAACAAUUCAAUAUAUUUUCUAGUGUGUUUAAUGAUGACUUAGUUUAGUUUUGACACAUUUCUACUUAACAUUUUUUUACGUUUUUCAGCAAUAUUGCUGUGGUGUCCCAUUAAUCUUUGGAUUCGUGCUGCAUUAUGUUUAAGAAACACUCUCAUGAGUACAACCCUAGCAGUGCUGUGUUAAAAAAUCUCAGGGAUAUGUGUUAAUAAAAAAAUCUGAUAGAAACAAAUUCUCAUUAGAAAUAUAUAUUCAAAAAAAAACCCACAAACCUAUAAAAAAUAUUUUGCAGAUUUUUAUUGGUAUAAUAUCUUGAAAUAAAAAAAACACAAUAUAUUAAAAACACAAAUUUGUUAAAAUGAGAAAUGUAAAGAAGUUUGGGUUCUUUUAAAAAAAAUAAAAAUUCUAUCAAACUAUUAAGAAGUAGUUUAAUAAAAACAAUUUUCCCUCUCCGCAAUCUCAUCUAGAGACCACCUCUUCCUCAGCAGCUUGAUUUUAAGGAAUUAAAAGGAACACUCCACAGGUUAAAGGCAUUCUUUACAUUACUGCAUAAGAACACUUCUAGUCACCUACAUGGCGACUAGAGGCUUCGUUGGUCAGUGCUGUACUCCAUGCUCUGCAUGGAGAUGCUGAACACUCCGUAUUGAGAUACAUUGAUUCAAUGCAUCUCCAUGAAGAGAUGGUGAUUGGCCAGGACUGUGUUUUGCCAGGCAUGAGCAAUAGCUGCCCAAUGUUUUCCUAUGGGAAAGCAUUGGAUUGGAUGAGUUUGUCAAAUUUGAUGAUCUCAGCCCAGGAGGCGGAGCAGGGCAGAGUCAGAUGGGACAAGACUGGCUCAGUGCUGGAAAGAGGGUGAGUAAAUUAUCGUUUUAAAGGCUGUCCAGACACCUAAACAAGUAUAUCAGACCUCAGGCAGUCACUGGAGCAAUAGGUGAGAGAAUAAUAUAAUAUUAUACACUUACAUUUGGCAGGGCCAGGAGCUGCUACUGCUGUGAUCUCUCGGUGUUAUUUCCAAUAUGGCGUCUUGCUUCUUUCUCCUGUUGGCACUGUAACCCCACCUCCUGGUGCUGUAAGUCAAUAAUGGCCCCUGAAUAGAGAGGCCAAUAGCAUGCCUUCACUCAUGGGCAGCUUUUUCUGCUGUCCAAAUGGCAACUCAUUGGAAAUUCCUGUAAAGGAGACUAGGCAUGUGCAAAACCUGCUGCAACAGACAGAGAAGAUUUCAAACCAGCCCCAUUUUUUUAAAUUGCCUAGAUUCUCCCAACGAAGCUUUUCCAAACAGUUAACUUAAAACCUAUUACAGAAUGAAAGAGACACUAAUUGUUUCCAUAUUUUUUGGCUUACCACCCUCCCUCCAGAAAAAGAAUUUUAGUGUUUCUAUAGUAUUGCAAAUACAUUUUACCCACAAAAAAAUGGAUGGGGCAAUGCCCCAGGUGCCUUUAUGAACAAGCCACCACUGGUUACUAGCAGAAAUGCUGCACAUACAGAUUGCUAAAAGCAGAAGUGUCAUGGUUGAACAGUGCACAUAUAAGGGAAUUAUCCAAUAUUACCUUUCAAAUUCCAGGUAAUCGACAGGUUUUCAAUAAAACAUGGAAAUAAGGAAGAGGACACACAAUACUGUGUAGUAUACUGUAUUAUUAAUGGCAUGCAUGCCACUAAAACCAUGUAAAGUCAAACUCAGAAAAACAAAGCACAAUAAUAUGUAUUAUUGUGCUGGUAAAAUAAUGAGUUUUAUUACUUUUUUUCUUCUCUGCAGGACCACUUCCAAAAAUUUAUACCUUCUGGAGGUCAUUUAGGACCUGGAGGACAUACAGGAGUUGGAGGAGGAGGCUAUGGUUUGGGACAUGGCGGAGGACGAAUGGUGUCAAGUCUAUCAGGAGGACAGCAUGGGCAUGGAGGUCACCAUCCACCAAUACCCCCACCAAAGCCUGGAAGUAAGUGCGGUGUUGGCGGUGGACAGGCUGGUGAUUCGAGCAGCGGAGGAAAAGGAGGAAGCGAAGGCAUUGAUGGCUCAGGAGGAAAAGGUAAGUAAUAUCACAUGAUAUGGUUCUUCUCAUAAAUAAAAUAUAUGUAGAUAAAAGAUAUGCUGUUAAGAACCUCAGUGGUUAAGGUACCGAGUUCUUCUAUUCCUUUCUGAAUAGCUGAGCAUAAGUGAUUAUAGCUGCAGUUAGGGUGUACAGGAAUAGUAGAGUUGAAUGCAGCUUCCAAGACAAAUCUUCCCAGCAAUUAAAAGGUUACACAAGCAGGAGCCUAGACUUCAUGAAGGGUACAACAGGGAUAAUAUUUUAUUUAUGCCACACUGGCUUUUAUGGAAAUCCUCCUGCAAGAGGACCUCCCACAGUAAACAAAAGUGACAACCAAUCAUAGUACAUAUUUCCAGUAAAACCCUCCCUUCCUCUCCCUGGGAGAUAAUGAGAUAAGUUAAAGGAUAACUCAAUUAUCUCCAGGCAAAGGGCACACAAUUUCCCCAAAACGUAGAACACCCCUUUAUACACAUGGUAUCCCCACAUGUCCCUUAAUAGCCCUGAUCUGGGAGACCAACUUAUUCAAAUUUCACCCAGAUCGGUUCAGGGGUUCUCAAAAAGUAUGGAAGUCUUAGUUCUCCUGCCCAAAAUAGUUCCAUGAGUUUAGGCUGUGCGGUCGGUCAAUUUUGAAAAAGACAAAUAAACAAAUAAACCCAUGAACGGAGCCUCCUGGCUCAUAGGAGUGAUUGAUCCCCAUGUGUGUGGGAACCACACUACUGAACGGCGUUCUCCUGGCUGUUCGGCAACAAAAGGAAGCAGGCAUUCAUAUGUUUUCAGCGGUGUUCGGGAAGUCGAGUGUCCGAUUUUAGUUCUAGACACUCGACAACCAAGUCCCGCUGCCUCUUUUCGUGAAAACAAGAUGGCCGCCGUUUUCUCUUCCACAAGGCAUUCGACUAUACGAACGGCGGCCGCCCAGAGAGCGCUUAAUAGAAGGUUCCCUUUGAAGAUAAUGAGCCAGGAGGGUAGUCGGUGUUCGGUAGAUUAAUCUACCGAACCAGUAAAUACAAAAUAACCGAAAUAAAGCAGAAAAUCCCGAAAUGAAGAAGAAAAUACCGAAAAUUAGUCUAUUUUCUUCACAUAUGUGAUUUGAGGUAAUCAAUUUAUUUUGUGGCUCCACAGAUUGGCAUCUCACUAAAAGUACUUCUAAGUCAAUUUAUCACGAUUCAUCACCGUCUAUUUAGGGCUGUUUAUUUACUUGAGAAAAUGACAACAAUGAAGUUAUAUCUUAUUUAUUAAAAAUACACCAACGGCACCAAAACAACUUAAGCUAAAUGAAGCCAUUUUGUUGUAUAGAUCAUGCACCUGCACUUUCACUGCUCAAUUCUCUGCCAUUUAGGAGUUAAAUCACUUUGUUUAUACAGGCCUAGUCACACCUCCCUGCUUGUGACUUAGAACAGCCCUCCUAAACAUUUCCUCUAAAGAGAGAUCUAAUGUUUAUGCUUCUUUGACUGCACAGUUUGUUUAAUUUAUAAUUUCUUAUCUUCUGCUCUGUUAAUAGCUCUCUAGGCCAUACAGGACUCACCUAUGUGUGGUAAACGUUUAAUUUACAAAGCAGGAGAUGCAAACUUAACAAGUUAACAUCUGAUUGAAAAUGAGCCCCUAUUUUUCAUGCAGGCUGUCUUAGUCACAGCCAGGGGGUGUUUUGCUAGGGCUGCUUAAAUAGAAACAAUUGUGAUUUAACACCUAAAUGGCAGAUAAUUGAGCAUUGAGACUGCAUGGGGCAUGAUCUAUACACCAAAACUGCUUCAUUAAGCUAAAGUAGUUUUAGUGCUUUUAAUUUAACCUUUAAAGGAUCACUCCAAGCACAAUAACAAUUACAGUGCACUGUAGUGGUCAUAGUGCCAGAAGUGCCGUCAACCCCCCCCCCCCCUGCUAAAACGUAAGGAGUCAAAAUGUUUAGUUUGACUCUUUACUUGGGAUCUGCCGGGUGCCACUCAACACCUUUUCUCUUCUGGAUCUCCUGCUUAGGAGUAUCUGAGGAGAGAAAGUGAGGUGUAGCCGCAGGUAAAAAGUUAAACUGUUACUAAACAGUUUGAUUCUUUGCAGUGGGGGACGCCAGGGCACUCUUGGCAUCAUAACCACUGUAGAAUGCCAUAAUGGAUAUGGUGCUUGGAGUAUUCCAUUAGCACAUAGGGGGUUUAAUACUAUUGUUAAGUAUUACCUAAUUGACCAAAACAUAAUUACAAAGGUACCAGUUGACAUAUAGAAACAUAAUGCUAAGCAUAUUAGCAGCACAUAGACAACAAAAGCCAAAUUUAAUGUGUGACAGAUCCCUCCAGUCUAGCCUGCCACUCCAUGUCCAAACACGCAUUUACAGGCCUAUCAUCCAUACACAAUACAAAUUGUAAUGUAGUCUUUAUAAGAAUUUUGUGAUACUGAUUUAUUUAAUGCAUUUGUUAUUUGUUUUGCUUUUUCAUUGUGACUUUAGAUGGUCAUUCGGGUCAAGAUGGUCCAGGUGGGAAGCAUAUCACUAUUUUCAAGACUUACCUCUCCCCAUGGGACAAAGCAAUGGGAAUUGACCCACAACAAGCAAGUAAUCUCAACAUAAAUUUGCUGGAUUAUUGUACAAAGGCAGAGCUCGUCAAAUAUAAAUCAUUCAACAGGUAACAAAAGUUACAUCUACUCCAAAAUAUUAGUUCAUACAUGACUUAAGUGGGGGUAUCUUUUUUUUUUAAUCUUUGUUAUUGCUUUACAUCCCAUCUUUUGUCAUUUGUUGACCAAUCAAUGUGCCUCCAGAAAUAAAUGUUCUGUGGAUCUGUAACAGUUCUGCAAAAAUACAAAGGAAAAGGUGCAAAAGUAACAAAUCAUUUCCACCGGAAAAAAACAAAACCUGUACAAAAAAGGCUCAGUAUAUUCUGUAAUGCUUUAAUGAAUCUGUUAAAAAAAAAAAAAAAAAAGUUACUGUCCCCCCCCUUAUCUCCCACACUUUAUAUCCUUUUAUGUUUAAUCUACUGGACCGUGAAAUCCACCCUUGCACCCAUGCCUUGGCUUUUAAAUAAGGUAAGAAUCCUCAGGAUGUUGUAUCAGUGAGAAAAGAACAUUGGACUUCCUCGUAGUCCCAUGUGAAAUAAAUGUAUGCAAAAUAAACAUAAAAGAUCUCUCAUUAUGACACCAGAGGAUAGUGAUUCCAUCUUAUACUUAGGACUCACUAAAAGAAGUCAAGUGGUCUCUUCCCCCUAUGUUCACAAAUAUGUGUGAGAUGUUAGAAUGUCUUUCAGAACUCUACUGAGUUAAUGAAAACCUUUUUUUAAUUUAGGAAAUUCAGCAUUCUUAAAGAAUGUCUUUGUAUCAUCAUCCUAUUCCUUUAAAACAGGUAUUCUUUAAAAAAAUAACCUUAGUAGCAUGGGCGUCCGCAGGAAUUUUUCUGGGGGAGGGGGGAGAGGCAUAAUUGUAAUGACAUCCAUGCUUGGCCCUUUUUGACAGUGUCAUGAAGGGGAGGAGCAUAGUCAUUAUCACAUAAAGCCAGAGUGUAUAGCGUUUUCACAACUAUGGUGUCAGGAAUACAUGUUUGUAUUCCUGACACUAUAGUGUUCCUUUAAGCAAAUUAAAGGAACAUUCUGGUCACCAUAACAACUUCAUCUAAAUGAAAAUGCUAUGAUGCAAGGAAGCCCCUGGGUGCGCUCUUUCCUUUAAGGGGUUAAAUCACUCUCAAAUAGUUUAACCCAAAAGGCUUCCUCCAGCUCCAGGUCGCUCAGUGGUAUUCGGCAUUCGAAACAGAGUGUCAGGAAGUGCAGAUUGACGUCAGGCAUGGGUGCCGCUGAUUGGCUAAAGUGGACAGUUGACGCUCUAAGCCAGUCGCUAGUUCCCGGUUCAUAAAAAUGUUUUACUUUUUUAUGAAUGGGGAGCUACUGAUUGGCUUAGAGUGCCAGCUGACCACUCUAGCAAAUCAGCAACACUCUUCCCCAGCGGCACUCUGUGCUUCCUGACACUCAGUAAAUAAAAGUGAACACAUUACAACGGAUAUUUCUUUUUACUUGGGGAGAUGAGAAGGUCCAGAGUUUCCCUGCCAGGCCCAGGUACCAAAGCCUUAUGAUGUGGUGUCCAGAAUAAAGUGGAGGGUUCACUUCACUUGUCCUUCCUGCUCCAAUCUCCUUUUCUUCUCCUUCAUUUGACAGUCUUCUUUUUCUUCUGACACCGUCAGGCUUCUUCUGCUCCUUUACCUUUCUGCUAAUUUCUGCUUAUUGUGCUCCCCCUUCUGCUCCUUUCUCAUUCUGAUUCCUUUCUGCUCCUUGCAGACCCUUUCUGCUCCUUCUUCUACUUGACCUUUGUGCUCCUUGCUGUCCCUUUCUGCUCCUUCUCCUACUUUACCUUUGUGCUACUUCUGAUUCUUUCUGAUCCUUUACCUUUGUGCUCCUUCUGUCCCUUUCUGCUCCUUGCAGAUCCUUCCUGCCCCUUGCAGACAUUUCCUGCUCCUUGCAGACCCUUCCUGCUCAUUUCUGUUUCUUCUCCUUUCUGCUCUUUCUCUUACUUUACCUUCCUGCUCCUUGCUGACUAUUCAUUUAGGCUGCCACCCCAUGCCUCGCUUCCCUAAUCUAUAGGCUGCCCCCCCAUGCCUCGCUUCCCUAAUCUAUAGGCUGCCCCCAUGCCUCGCUUCCCUAAUCUAUAGGCUGCCCCCAUGCCUCGCCCCCCUAAUCUAGGCUGCCCCCAUGCCUUGCUUCCCUAAUCUAUAGGCUGCCCCCAUGCCUCACUCUAAUCUAUAGGCUGCCCCCCCAUGCCUCACUCCUGUAAUCUAUAGGCUUUCUCCCCCCAAUGCCUCACUUACCUGACAUGUAGACUGUCUCUGUUGCCUGCAUGUGCUUCUCCCCUGCUGUUUCAAUCAGCAGAGAGAAGCAGGGAUAGAUGCAGCUUCCUAUCCCUGUCUCUCUCCAUACAAAAGGCCACCUACUGGCCAGCACCGGUAUUGCAGUUCAUUUUAAAUCUCACACGAAAAAUAGCAGAACAAGCUGAAAAAUCCAUGUGGGGGCAAGUGCCCCCCCUUACCCCACCUGCGGACACCCAUGCUUAGUAGGUUGGUUUGCCAAGAAUGCUGUAUAAAAAUUGUACUUGGAGCUUUCAAAGAUGGACACGUCUGUGGCUAUGCAGCCCCAUAUGCAUCAGAUUGCAACGCACUGGGUGAUCUGACACUUUUCUUGGCCAACAUAAAGAUGUUCAGCAAUUUGAGCUACAGUAGCAAGCCUUCCCUCCCCACGUGCAUCAAUGAGCCUUGGGUGACCAUUACCCUGAACCAUGGUUCAUCGUUUGUACUUUCUAGCAGCACUUUCAGUAGGUACUAACCACUGCAUACUGAGAACACCCCACAAGACUUGUGUCAGGGGUGGCGGUCCGGUCACCAGGACCCAGUAUGCCUGAUUUUGAUAGUAGGAGUCACUGUGUGGAAAUGGAUUAUCAGGGCAACCACACGCCCCCUGGUGUUGAGCACCAGCGUUUGUGCGGCUACAUACCAGAACCCUGAUGCAGCUUCUGCGGAUCCCAGGUGCCAGAUGACAAUAUGCAGACCUCCAGGAACUGGAUUAGGAGGCUGGAAGCAGACAUGUAUUCAGUACAGAAACAAGGCAAGACUAGAAUAAACACAAAACAAGAAAACAAAACAAAACUAGGAGAAACCAGAACUGGAGCAGGACAGAAAGCAGAACCCAGAACAUGUACACAAUGCAUGAGGGAAACAUGAACAGGGCAGGACAGGACUGUACAUGAACUGGGAAUACAAGACAAAAUAAAACAAGACAAGAGAUACUAGGCAAAACAAGAGGAGACAUAACUAAGUACUAUAUAUAUAAAACAUUGGAGAUUUAGACAUACAUAAAUAGCCAAGAUGUAUGCAGCCCACAACUGCGCCAAAGUACCCCAAUUACAGUGGGUCCUAGACUGCCUAGGUAUGCAUGACUAAAUAAACAAUAAUAAAACACACACAACACUUACCUGCAAGAAAGGGGCAGAGGACUUGGAACAACUGCAUGCAGGAACCAACUGAAGCAAAAGGAUUAAUGGAAAAGGAACAGGUGUGGCAACAUAAAACAAACAUAUAAAGGAAUCCAAGAGACUGGGAAUUCCAGGAACGGAAUAAAGGAAUGAAUCCAGAAAACCCAGCAUAAAGAAAACUAGACAUGGAAUAGAAAACCAGAAAAACAGGAGCACUGCCACAAAACAGGAAUCGGAAUAAGAACCGGAACCAGGAACCAAGCAUCACACGAGGACACCUGCAGAGACCACCGAACUGCUUAGCAAAAAGACCUCCUCCAAGACAGGAAUCAGACAAUCUGAACAGGAAUGAGGAAGUCAUCUCCAGCAGACUGGUUCAGAUACAGGAACUCUUGUACGCUAAAUAAUCCAGACAGGGCAGAUCAGGAAAGCUGCAGAGUCCACUCCACGAACUCCAUAAGAGCCUACGGCCAUACUGUCAGGGGUGGUGGUCCGGUGACCGGGACCCAGUAUGCCUGAUCUUGAUAGCAGUUGUCACUGUGUGGAAAUUGAUUAUCAGGGCCUGAUGCAGGGUAAAGAAAACCAGACAUGCAAUAGAAAACCAGAAAACCAAGAAAAACUAAACAAGAAUUGUAAAAAAAGAGUACUGGAUACCAGAAGCCAAGGCCAGACAACUCCGCAGAACAGAGCUUGAUGUGACAACUUGCCAUUUUGGAGAUGCUCUGGCAAAGUCAUUCUGCCAUCACUAUUUGGUUCUUGUCAAACUCACUCAGGUCUUUUCACUUGCCCAUUUUCCCUGCCUCCAAGACAUGAAAUUUAACAACUGACUGUUCAGUUGUUGCCUAACAUAUACCAUUCUUUGACAGGUGCCUUUGUAACAAUGUAAUCAAUGUGAUUCACUUGAUCAGUGAGCGGUUUUAAUGUUGUGGCUGAUCGGUGUAUAUUAACCUGGAAUGUUAAUCUUAAGGAAUGUUAGUCUCUCAUAAGAAUAUUAAUUUGGAUGAGAAUAUGGAGACAUUUUAUUCAUUGUUUAUAACAGUAGGUUAUUAUAUCUCAGAUGCAGAUUGUGUAAAUAGAAUCUUAAUUACUGAUUUAUAGAUUCUAAUGAAAUCUUAAAAUAUUAUCUCCCAAACUGUUAGACAUAUAGACAAAUAAAACAUGUAUUUCUAAGUAGUACACAGCUGUUGAGCUACCAUAUAUUGUCUUUCUAGGUCAGCUAUGCCUUUUGGUGGAUAUGACAAAGCAGCAAAGUUGAUGACUUUUCAGAUGCCAGAGUUUGAUGCUGGGCCCGUAGAACCAGAACCAGAAAUUGUCUUCAAUGCAGCUGUUGCCAACAGACCGUCCUUUAACAGGACACCAGUUGGAUGGUUGGGAUCUGGUGAAGGCACAAACUACAAUAUUGAUGUGCCUGUGCCACUGGAUGGGGAAACGGAAGAACUCUAAGCUUAUGCCUCUCGAAAUGUGUAGCCUAUAGGUGUUGUACAUCAAAAACACAUUGUCAUUUCUUCUGAAAAAUCUGUGAUAUGUUGUUGUAUUGCACUGUAUUUUGACACCCAAUCAGCCAAUGGCACAGGUCACAUCUAACAGUGUAUAUGCCACACAAUAAUGUGCCUUAUUUAAAAAGAAGCCAGGCUUUCUCUUGUAUGUUGAAAAAAAUAAAAUGUAGCUUCUUGUGAUGGUUUGUAUUUGAAUGCAGGUAGAGAUGAAACAGAAUGGUGACUAAUAAAAGAUGUGGCAAAGCAGAGGAAGGGAAAGAAAGCUAUUUGUUUUGUGCACUGUGGCAUAAAAAAUAAAAAUAUAAAGGACAAUUAUUAAACAUGUAACCAUAAAAACACUGCUCUACACUAAAUAUUUUUCAUUAGUGUCUUAAUUAAACUGAAUAAACAGAUACAGAAUUAAAUAUGUUAUUGUGUUUUUGAAAAUGAAUAUAGCUAAAAAAACAAAUCGAUAUUUUGCAAAAAAUGUGCGAUAUGUUAAAAAAAAAAAAAAAUUGAUAAAUUAAAAGUGCCCACUACAAUCCAUUGUAGUUGUUAUGGCUCUAGCAGGCUACUAGAGCCAUUUCCUCCUCUGUGUCAAACAAACCGAGGGUCUUCAGGUAACACUGCCACAGUAGCAAUGUUAAGUUCAUUCCACAAUUCAACAGCACUGAUUGACUUAGCUUGUCUGCUAAUGUUCUUACACAAUCAAUGCUGUCAAAAUUUAGAUAAAAUUUACACGGCUAUGCAGAACUAUAACUUACACAGUAGCGAAGUGGUGAACGAGGGGCUAGGACUUGGACACUUGGGGAAUCCAACAUUUUUGGCCUUGAAAUAAUAUUGUUGGAAAUGUUUUUUAAUUAUUUAAUAUUUUUGUAUAGACCUUUAAAAUUAUUUAAUAUCAUGAAAAAUAUAGAAAUUUGGUAACAUUAUUAUUAUUUUGUGAUAUGUUGAUGUUUUUCAGAUAUGGUAGAUGUUUUGAUAUUUUUAUAUUUUAAAAAAAUAUUUGAAAAGUUUAUCCAAAAUAUGAAAUAAUUUUGAAAGCUUAUUCAACAAUAUUAAAUCAUGGUCUUUGUGUCAAACUGCUUGAAAACAGUUCGAUACAGAACCGGAGGACAGUGCCAGUGCCCUGCUAGCACCAUCAUGACAACGGACUGCAGUGGUUAUGGUACUCACAGUAUCCCUCUAAUUAAUCUGUAAUAUUUCUUUUGAGCAAUAGCAUUAAUCACC